AUCACGACUGGAUGCUUUGGCUUGUUUCGCGGAUGAGACUCCUGAAAAUCAUUUCGAAGUUCGGAGCACAUGUAUGCUGAUCUCUUGUGUGUUUAUUAUCGCUACGGUCGGUGUGUACGCUUGGUUGCCCGAGUUGCGAAACAUGCACGGCCGCGUCCUCAUGGCGUACCUACUCUGCCUCUUCUGCGGCUUCCUCUGCAUGUCCAGCUUGCAGAUCAUGCUCACCGUCGACAACAUCUCUUCCGACACGUGUCUCAUUUUAACGAUCAUCAUUUACUACUUCCUCGAAUCAGCUUUUUUCUGGCUGAACGUCAUGAGUUUCGACAUUUGGUGGACUUUCAGUGGUAAAGGUGGAAUGGGGAUGAGCAAAGUGUCUAAGAGAUUCUGUAUAUAUUCGCUGUACGCAUUCGGUGUACCGACUAUUCUUACAAUAAUAUUGGCGUCUCUUGAAUUCUCCGGCCUGCCACCGCAUCCGCUUCUACCGAUGCUGAGGGACCAGGGCUGUUUCAUAUUCGGGAGAAGUAAAUUAUUGUACUUGUACGGGCCAAUGUUCAUAUUAUUCGUGGCGAAUAUUAUUUUCUUCGUGAUGACCGCAUUGAAGAUAGCCCACAUCAAGCAGCAGACAGCCGUGCUCAACUCCAAGGAGAGCGCCAUGCACGAUCAUCACAGGAAGGACAAGCAACGGUUGCUGUUGUAUUUGAAACUCUUUACUGUAAUGGGUAUCAACUGGAUUCUGGAAGUUAUCAGCGCCCUCUACCCGGACGCCGAUUACAUCUGGAUGUUCACCGAUGCCUACAACCUGCUCAUCGGGGUCACCAUCUUCAUUAUUUUCGUCUGUAAGCGGAAGAUAUUUCAUCUCAUCAAGAAGAGGUUUGUCCCAGAAUAUAAGCAGCUACGUGGCGAUCCGAUGUCUCGCACACAAACUACCUCAACUCGCACGACGUACAGUCGCGACGACUUCAGAUUGAGUUCAGUGAAAAACGGUUAAGAAGUAAGAAGAACGUUCAAGAAGUAUGAAAUACAUAAGAAACCGACUGAAUACAACUGACCAUUAAACCAAAGUAAAAGAGUACUCUAUAAUCUAAUAUAUUUGUAUGUACAUAUUUUUUUCCGAACAGCCUGUAUAUCGAUUAUUAUUCGUAAAGUAACACGAACUGAAGUUAAAUCAGCUUAGAAUAAGUAUUUUUAAUUAUCUCUUCGCUAUUUUAACAUAUAUUUGUAAUAAUGCAUUUUGUCGAUUUUAAAUAUAGCAUUUAACGUAUAUUAUUAAUUUUAAGACAGCUAAAAGGUAGCGGUAUCAGAUUUAUUUAUCAUCCUGUAAAUGUUAACACGUUCAAUGUCACAGACUUGUCUGACGAGUCUACUUUCUAACCGGCACUCCUCUGUACCAACACUUAUUAUACAUGUUGUCAUUCUUUACUUUCUCUUUGAAAAAUACAAAGAAAUAUGUGUCAAAGACAACAAACGUGACUGUAGUUGACAGUAAAAAAAUCGUAGUGGCAUGAAACGUGUUAAAAUAUAGACAAUAAAAUCUGACCCGGGGAGUAUAAGUCAAACUAAAUUAUGAUAGCUCAAUAGCGCCCUCCUGUUUUGACACUUUAAAAAUAUUUCUGACAGAAUUAACCACGACAGCAGCACCUCU